GGACCAGUUAUCAAGAGUAGUAGCAUCACCUUUAUUAGUUUUUCACUUUUAAGAACCUCGUGACACUAUUACUAUACUCUGUUCUCUACUUCUUCUAGUACUACAACCUUUCUCUCUCACUUACAUAACAAACAUAACCUCUCUUCUCUUUCACACAAUUCCUAUCAUUUUUUCUCAUGCCAUUUAACACAUUCAACAUAAAAUGUCUUCCCAUAUUUUCAUUUUCAUUUUCAUUUUUUUAUUUAUACUGAGUUUCCAUUCCCGAGUCAUCAACUCGGAACCAACUCAAGACAAGCAAGCACUCCUUGCUUUCAUUUCACAAACACCACACUCUAACCGUCUUCAAUGGAACUCAACCGAUUCCGUUUGUAACUGGGUUGGUAUUCAAUGUGACUCUACUCAAUCAUAUGUUUUCUCUCUCCGUUUACCUGCCGUUGAUCUUGUCGGUAAAGUUCCACCCAACACAAUCGGACGGUUAUCAAAUCUCCGUGUUCUUAGUCUCCGUUCUAAUGCUCUUUCCGGUGAGAUCCCUUCUGAUUUUUCUAAUUUGACUUUUCUUCGUAGUAUUUAUUUACAGAAUAAUAAAUUCUCCGGUGAGUUUCCGUCUAGUUUAACUCGCUUGACUCGUUUGACUCGGUUGGAUCUUUCUUCUAAUAACUUCACCGGUUCAAUUCCUUUCUCUAUCAACAAUUUGACUCAUCUUACUGGUUUGUUCUUAGAGAACAACACGUUCUCCGGUACUCUUCCGAGUAUCACUGCAAAUUUGAACGGUUUCAAUGUUUCUAACAACAAUCUCAACGGUUCAAUCCCGAAAACACUCGAGAAAUUCCCUGAAUCAUCGUUCGCCGGAAACUUAGAUCUCUGUGGUCCACCGUUGAAAUCAUGCACACCGUUUUUUCCGGCGCCGGCUCCGUCACCGGAUGCAAUUCCACCGGCUGAUAAACCAAAGCACCACAAAUCCAAGAAACUCUCCACCGGCGCCAUUGUCGCAAUUGUAGUUGGUUCCAUUUUAUUCAUAGCUUUACUGCUUCUAAUACUAUUACUCUGUCUCCGGAAACGCCGUCGCCGGACACCAGCAAAACCACCAAAGCCAGUAGUUACAGCAGCUCGUUCUGUUCCGGCAGAAGCCGGAACAUCAUCUUCGAAAGACGAUAUAACCGGCGGUUCAGCCGAAGCGGAAAGGGAGAGGAACAAAUUGGUAUUUUUCGAUGGAGGGAUAUAUAGUUUUGAUUUGGAGGAUUUGCUUAGAGCUUCUGCGGAGGUUUUGGGUAAGGGUAGUGUUGGAACUUCGUAUAAAGCGGUUUUAGAAGAAGGAACUACGGUGGUUGUUAAAAGGUUGAAAGAUGUUGUUGUAACUAAGAAAGAAUUUGAGAUGCAAAUGGAAAUUUUGGGUAAAAUUAAGCAUGAGAAUGUUGUUCCUCUUAGAGCUUUUUACUUCUCUAAAGAUGAGAAAUUGCUUGUUUAUGAUUACAUGCCUGCUGGUAGCUUAUCUGCGUUACUUCACGGGAGCAGAGGAUCUGGUCGAACGCCGUUAGAUUGGGACAACCGGAUGAGAAUAGCCCUCGGAGCAUCAAGAGGACUGGCAUGCCUUCAUGUGUCCGGCAAAGUGAUCCAUGGCAACAUCAAAUCCUCCAACAUCCUCCUUAAAGGGCCUGACCACGAUGCAAGUGUUUCAGACUUUGGUCUCAACCCAUUAUUUGGAAACGGGUCCCCAUCAAACCGUGUUGCAGGUUACCGUGCACCAGAAACCCUAGAAACCCGAAAAGUCACCUUCAAAUCCGACGUGUACAGCUUUGGAGUCUUGCUAUUGGAGCUAUUAACAGGAAAAGCACCCAAUCAAGCUUCACUUGGAGAAGAAGGAAUCGAUCUACCAAGGUGGGUCCAAUCCGUUGUUCGUGAAGAAUGGACCGCAGAAGUUUUUGACGCCGAGUUGAUGAGGUUUCAUAACAUUGAAGAAGAAAUGGUUCAAUUGUUACAGAUUGCGAUGGCUUGUGUUUCUGUGGUCCCUGAUCAAAGACCAAGUAUGCAAGAUGUGGUACGCAUGAUUGAGGAUAUGCAUCGCGGUGAAACCGACGAGGGUCUCCGACAGUCGUCGGAUGAUCCUUCAAAAGGAUCCGAGGGUCAUACUCCGCCUCCCGAAUCGAGGACUCCACCUAGAUCACGCACACCGUAGUAAAACCGGUUAAAUCAAAAGAAAAAAAAGGAAAGUAUUUGUUGAAUUGAAAUUAAAGAUCAUAAAAAAGAGAAAAGGACAUGACAAGUGGUGGGUCGCUCUUAAAAUUGUUCUACAUUUGGCGCGCUAUAUCUUGAUUGGUCUUUUCCGGUGGUGGUCCAAUUAAUGUGUAUUUUUAUCUUUAAAUGUAUUUUAUUUAAAUUAUUUUUUGUUAUUAGUUUUUGAUGAUUUUUAUUUUUUACAGGGUGGAGUUUGAUAAUUGUUCAUUAAAGUGGGGGUUGUGGGGGAGAGGAUGGACUGUUAGUAGUUCCAUGAACCUAUUAAGAGAUUGACCAUUUAAUGAUUUUUAAAUUGCCAUUUUUUGCA